AUGGAGCAGGAAUUCAUCCUAAGACUACCAGAAACACUCAGAAAUGUUAACCCAAAGGAUUGCAAACUGGUUAAAACAUCUCAGAAGGAGGUUAACUUCAUGGUGGGAGCUAGAACAUAUCCUGGAAUAAUAUGCAAACUUCCUACAAUUGUUGAGAGUCAGAAAGUGGUGGACAACAAACUGUAUAAAAUAGCAGAUAUAUCCGCCCUUGUUGUGGUGUAUGAGGACAGCAAUUUCAACGUAGAUGACGAGAUAUGCAAGUAUGAAUCAUCAGGAUUAACACCUCCGAUGUAUUAUGCAAGAGAGAGAAGGUUUGCUAAGACUGCAGUCCGAACAGAAGAUGUAGAGAGGAUUGAAAGAAAGGUCGCCGAGUUGCUCAAGGCAGACUCCAAAGCGCUUAAGGUUGAGGUUGCUAUGAGCGAAAAGGAUAGUACGGAGGCUGACAUUGAUAUGCUAGCAGCCGAAAUUGAAAGUGAGCUUAUAAGUUUUAAAAGCACUGCUGCAGAAGUCCCAAAAGCCCAAGCGAGAACAGAGGAGAAUGCUUUGGAAGUGGCUGGAAAUGGAAGAGAAGCAGAAGGUACUGGAACAUCAGAGCAUUCCAAAGGGGUAUUCGAGCAGCAAGUCAAACCAAGUGGUAUUAUUCGAGAUAAGUCCAUGAGGUCAGUUGAGCCAGCCAAUAUAGACGAGUCUCCCACCAAGCCUGAACAGCAUGCCAAACUAAACGACUCGAAAAGUGAACUUUUAAAAUCGCCAGAGAUUUUGGAGCUUGAACAGAAAAUCAAGGAAAAACAAGAACAGUUCGACAGGGCUGUCAAUCCUAUUUUAAAGAAGAGGUUUGAGCAGGCGCUUGAGACAUUGAAUGCUGAGUAUCAAAGAAAAUUAGAGGAGCAAAAGAAGUAG